AUGGACGGAGAAGACGUUGCUGCUCCGGUUUUGCCGGUGAUGACGCUCCCAAGAGCUGUGUUCCCUUCUAUCGUUGGUAGACCAAGACACCAGGGAAUUAUGGUCGGUAUGGGUCAAAAAGACUCCUACGUUGGAGAUGAAGCCCAAUCAAAGAGAGGUAUCUUAACUUUGAGAUACCCUAUUGAACACGGUAUCGUUACAAAUUGGGAUGAUAUGGAAAAGAUCUGGCAUCAUACUUUCUACAACGAGUUGAGAGUUGCCCCAGAAGAGCACCCAGUCUUGUUGACUGAGGCUCCAAUGAAUCCUAAAUCUAACAGAGAAAAGAUGACUCAGAUUAUGUUUGAGACAUUCAACGUUCCAGCCUUCUACGUUUCUAUUCAGGCUGUUCUUUCCUUGUACUCUUCUGGUAGAACUACCGGUAUUGUUUUGGACUCUGGUGACGGUGUCACUCAUGUUGUUCCAAUUUACGCCGGUUUCUCUCUCCCACACGCCAUCUUGAGAUUGGAUAUGGCCGGUAGAGAUUUGACCGAUUAUUUAAUGAAGAUCUUAUCUGAGAGAGGUUACACUUUCUCCACUACUGCAGAGAGAGAAAUUGUCAGAGACAUCAAAGAGAAAUUGUGUUAUGUUGCUUUGGACUUUGACCAAGAGAUGCAGACUGCCUCCCAAUCUUCAUCUAUCGAGAAGUCUUAUGAGUUGCCAGAUGGACAGGUUAUUACUAUUGGUAAUGAGAGGUUCAGAGCUCCAGAGGCUUUGUUCCAUCCAUCUCUACUUGGUUUGGAAGCUGCUGGUAUUGACCAAACUACUUAUAACUCCAUCAUGAAGUGUGAUGUCGAUGUCAGAAAAGAAUUGUACGGUAACAUUGUCAUGUCCGGUGGUAGUACCAUGUUCCCAGGUAUUGCUGAGAGAAUGCAGAAGGAAAUUACCGCUUUGGCUCCAUCUUCUAUGAAGGUCAAGAUCAUUGCUCCUCCAGAAAGAAAGUAUUCUGUCUGGAUCGGUGGUUCCAUUUUGGCUUCCUUGUCCACUUUCCAACAGAUGUGGAUCUCAAAGCAGGAAUACGACGAGUCUGGUCCUUCCAUUGUUCACCACAAAUGCUUCUAA